CUUGGGCCCAACAGAAUUUCUCCGCCACCGCCACCACCAAGCACCAGCCAUGAAGCUUCUUUCCACGUCGUAGGAACUCCGUUACGAAACAUCCAUGCACCCCGAAGCCAUGGACACAAACAAUAUAUACUAUACGUAACACAUGUAUGAAUCACCAUGGCCGGGGCUUAUCCACAUAGUGAAAUGUCCCGUACCACGUCGAGAUCACUUGGCUCACCAGAAACCGAUUAUCCGAAUCAGUCGACCUUUGAACUUUCCGAGAUUUUUGAGUUUGAUGAAUGGGUAGACGAAGAUCCAGCAUUCAUUGUUUCUGGGUAUCCCCAGAAUCCAGCUCUUUAUGCGGCAAAUGAAGUUGAGAACCCCAGUGGAAGUAGCAGCCACCAUGAGGCACCUGGUAGCAAUAAGCAAAUCACUGAUAAACCUUCUUGGGACAGUGGGUUUGGCCAGGAGAAGAAGGAAGCUAGAGAGAGAGUUGCCUUCAAAACAAAGUCAGAGGUUGAAAUACUGGAUGAUGGCUUCAAGUGGAGGAAGUAUGGGAAGAAAAUGGUGAAAAACAGCCCAAACCCAAGGAAUUAUUAUAGGUGUUCGGUUGACGGAUGCCCAGUGAAGAAGAGAGUUGAGAGGGAUAGAGCGGAUGCAAGUUAUGUGAUAACAACCUACGAGGGCAUCCAUAACCACCAAGGCCCUUCUCAGUUCUGA